UGACGUACUAUACCACCCCUGUCUUAAUUACAAGAUGAGCCAUGGAAAUCACGAGGAUUUCGUGAGUCGGGAAUCCUAUACAUAGGACAGAGGGAAUUCGUACCGCGUAUGAGAAGGAGCUUGUUUUCAGUAAAGAAGAAACCUUGAUGUUUCCGGUAUGGAUGCGCAGGCGUGUUUCCGAUUAUUUCUCGGUUAUGUCUCUGUCAUUAUCAUCAUGUAUUGCCUAACCAUAUCAGGCUGCCCUGAUGGUUGGACAAAUCGCGGAAAUUCCUGUUACUUCUUCAGUGUCGACGAAAAAGCUUACGAAGAGGCAGAGAACGCCUGUAUGACUCUUGGUGGCUAUUUGUUAGUAAUGGAAGAACUCGCCGAAUACACACUUGUCAAGGAAGUAAUUCAAAAUACCAGGAUUGACGGAGAGUAUUACAUUGGCCUCUCGGAUAGAGCAAACGAAGGCACGUUUGUAUGGCUGACCGGAGCUGAGUUAAAUUACAAUGGAGGCUGGGAGGAGAAUGAACCUAAUGAUGCAAAUGGCAACGAAGACUGUGUACAUUUUAAUAUGGCUUCAAAUUUAAAUGACCUUACAUGUACAGAAGACCUGCGAUAUAUAUGUGAAAAACAUGAUAUUGAUGACUGUAGCCCUAAUCCGUGUUUGAAUGGUGGUUCAUGUAUAGACGGGAUUAACGAGUAUACAUGCGCAUGUGCUGCUGGAUUCACUGGAGAAAAGUGUACAACGAAUAUCGAUGAUUGUAGCCCUAAUCCGUGUUUGAAUGCUGGUAUAUGUACAGACGGGGUUAACCAUUAUACAUGCGCAUGUGCUGCUGGAUUCACUGGAGAAAAUUGUACAACAAAUAUCGAUGAUUGUAGUUCUCACCCAUGCUUGAAUGGGGGUACAUGUAUAGAUGGGAUCAAUGCUUAUACAUGUACAUGUGCACCUGGCUUCACUGGAGACAACUGUACAACAAAUAUUGAUGAAUGUGCGGACGGAACACACAACUGUGAUACAAAAGAAAUGUGUACAAAUACAGUGGGAAGUUUUACUUGUGACUGUGACAGUGCCCGAGGCUACUACAGAAUCGAAAAUUCUUGCUCACAGUUUGUUUGCAAUUACAACGGCGCAAUUGAUGUCCAUUAUCUUCCGGCGGAUUAUCAUUAUUUUGCUGUGCAGAAUAUUCCAGGAGGUGCUGAAGUAGAGUGUACGGUAACACAGAUCAACUCAACCUCUGUGACUAUAACUGAAUGCUCAAAAAAUUUAACUAUUUUACUCGCAUUUGGCACGUACUAUGGAACGGAGACGCAUCGAGUAGUUGGAGGAAUAUCUAUGGUUGUCGCAGAGGUAAAAUGUGUUGAUAUACCUGGCAGUGGUAUCGUGCAUACAGUUAACAACUCCAUGCAGGCAAAUUAUACAGUUGGCAGAAAGGUUAAUAUUAAUCCAGGAUAUGAAGUGACAUCUUCUUUGAAUACAACAACAACCACGGUUGGAAGUCCAGUCGCAUGGACCAUCAGCUAUUCUUACUUUUACAUUCUGGAAGUGACCAGCUGCAGUGCUUACCCUGGUUCUAACAAUCAGUCUCCUGAUUCAGUCAGUUUGAUUUCCAGUGGAGGGUGCAAUGUCACAAGUGAAUUGAUCACUCAUUUUUCGGAUGACUUAAAUGGUUCAGCCACAGCGACAAUUCAAGCCUUCACGUUCUACGACAGUGACAGUGUUUUCCUGACAUGUGAUGUGAAAGUCUGCUCAAAUAUAUCAUCAACUUGUGAUACGACCUGCAGCAGAGAAAAAAGAAGCGCCAGACAUGUUCGAUCAACCUUUGAAGGUGACGCCGAAGGGGAACAUUUGGCAACCGUGCACAAUGUUUUAAAGAUUGUUCAUUCAAGCGCUUGUUAUCCAGUUUCUCGAGCCUGCUUGAGUCUGUUAUUGACCUUGGCCUUCAUACACUUAUUUUAGUGACAUGGCGAGCGAUUUACCAGACGACAAAUCGGAUCAUCGACUUAUACAGUACAGUUUACAGAUAAUUUCUGUUAUUUAUGUACAUAAUCAGAUUCAAAAUCGCUGUUGGAAAGUUUAUAUAUAUAUAUGUAUAUAAAUGCAAUGAAAAACA